CGGGUGUUGUGUUUGUGUUGUUUAUUUUAUUUACUAUUGUGACUGAAAAUGUCUCAGAAGUCAAACCAGAAAAGCAAGGUACCACGGAGGAAGAGGGCCUCAAAUUUCACAGAGGGUGAGAUUGAAGUAUUGGUAACAGAGGUGGAGCAGAAACGGGCGACAUUAUUUGGACCCCUUAAGGGUCCAAAAUUGACCCAGUACCAUCGGGAUGUCGCCUGGAACGCAGUGUUGGACUGUGUCAAUGCGGUGGCCCCAGUCCGGAGGAGCCUCGAAGACAUUAAAAACAAAUUUCGAGAUCUGAAACACCGUACGAAACAGAAGGCCAAUACUUUUAAGCGCGAGGCACGAAAGACCGGUGGGGGUGAAAACGAAGCUCCUCCACUGUCUGAUGUGGAUUUGAAGGUGGUGUCCUUUAUUGGGGAGGAGAGCAUUGAGGGCAUCCAUGGAGGCAUUGACACUUAUCGAGAACAGGGUAAGUAUAUACUUUCUUAUUGAUGUUACUUUUUUCAGGUAGGCCCUUACAAAUCAACAUCAAUAGCGUUGUUUACAAGCCUGCCUUUUUCUGAAAUGCAACUCAAAAAACAUUCUUGCAGCAGCCUUCUUUUAUAAUUUUUUUAAAACAGCAAGUUUGGCUUUAAAAUUUUUACGUAUAAAAGACUUAAAUCACUUGAAUUUGUUGAAUAUGAUGUAUUCAAACAAUGAAAAAACGAAUAUGAUUGUCAUGAACAGGAUGUUCAUUUUAUCUGUUCACAUGCUAUUAAUAUAGGGAAAGUGCGACAAAAAUUUUGAUGCUGCUGUUCGCCUCUACGCCAGGCAGUAUCCCAAUAGAAGAACUCCCUCAAAUCAAGCGUUUAGAAAACUUGAAAAAAAUUUACGAGAAUUUGGGCAAUUAAAAAAAAUUAAGUUAGAAAUCGAACUGUAACAACGCCGGGUAAUAAAGCUGUUCUAAUUGAAAUUGUAGCAGAAAAUCCCCACGUGAGUUAAAGACAGAUUGCAAGACAAAAGGUGAUUAGUUUGGGUUCGGUUUUCAACAUCUUAAAGGCAAACCGAUUUCAUACCUACCAUGUGACAAUUGUCCAAUAUUUAACAGAACGCGCUUUUAUCCGACGGUUAGUGUUUUGCGAAUUCGUGAGGGCUCAAUUUCGAGACAAUCAAGAUUUUUUUAUUUAACGUUUUGUUUACGAAUGAAACCACAUUUACCAAUAACGGGGAUGUAAACAGACACAACUCGCAUUACUAUGCCCAGCAAAAUCCAAAGUUAAUCCUUGGUGUGGAAUUGUUGGUAACCACGUCAUUGGUCCACAUUUUUUUGAAGGAAAUUUAAACGGACCUAUGUAUCUAAAUGUUUUAAAGAAUAUUUUACCUGAACUGUUGGAAAACGUAGAGUUAGACAUACGAAGAAUAAUUUGGUUUCAAAAUGAUGGCGCUCCCGCUCAUUAUUAUCAGAGAGACGUUAGGAACUAUUUACACAGAGCGUUUGGGCCAAGACUUAUUGCUAGAGAAGAAGAGUACACUUGGUCUGCACGGAGUCCUGAUCUAACGCCAUUAGAUUUUCUUCUUUGGGGGAAUGUGAAAAAUGACGUUUAUAGUCUCCCAAUCGAAAAUGAAAACCACUUACGUGAAAGGAUAAUAGCGUCAUGCAGAUCUAUAACUCUCGACAUGUUAGAGCUCGUAGAAAUUUUAAACGUAGGAUAGGACUUUGUGAAGAUAGUGGAGGCAGGCACCAUUAAACCGAAAACCAUAAACGAAAGCUGUGCAAUGUAUUUUGGGUUGCGUUUUAAAUUCAUUUUAGCUCAUCACUUAUGGACAAUCCAGUA